AUGACCCACCAGACCCACUCAUAUCACAUAGUAAACCCCAGUCCUUGACCCCUCACUGGAGCUCUAUCAGCACUUCUUAUAACAUCAGGCCUAAUUAUGUGAUUCCAUUUCAACUCAAUAAUCCUGCUAACUUUAGGCUUACUAACAAAUAUCUUAACAAUAUACCAAUGAUGACGAGACAUUAUCCGAGAAAGCACAUUCCAAGGCCAUCACACACCAACCGUCCAAAAAGGACUUCGAUAUGGAAUAAUCCUAUUUAUCAUCUCAGAAGUCUUAUUCUUCACAGGCUUCUUCUGAGCCUUCUACCACUCAAGCCUCGCUCCCACUCCAGAACUAGGUGGAUGUUGACCACCAACAGGCAUCCACCCCUUAAAUCCCCUAGAAGUUCCCCUUCUCAACACCUCUGUGCUGUUGGCCUCUGGCGUAUCCAUUACCUGAGCUCACCACAGUCUAAUAGAAGGAAACCGUAAACACAUACUUCAAGCGCUCUUCAUCACAAUUACACUAGGUCUCUAUUUCACCCUACUACAAGCAUCAGAAUACUACGAAGCCCCUUUCACAAUUUCAGACGGAAUCUACGGAUCCACAUUCUUCGUAGCCACGGGCUUUCAUGGAUUACACGUAAUUAUCGGAUCUACCUUCCUCAUUGUUUGCUUCCUACGUCAAAUAAAAUUCCACUUUACAUCAAACCACCAUUUUGGCUUCGAAGCCGCUGCUUGAUAUUGACAUUUUGUAGACGUCGUAUGAUUAUUUCUUUAUGUAUCUAUCUAUUGAUGAGGCUCCUAG